AUGGACAGGGCCCAAGAAAAGCUGUACAAGGCCAGGGAGGACCAGGACCGAGAGCGAACUGAAAGUACCCAGAAAAUUCAGCAGCUCCAAAUGGAAAAGGCAGAAGAGAUGGCUAAAUUGACAAAGGUGCUGGCGGAGAACGAGAAACUCUCGUGCGAAGCAAAAAAAUUGCACAUGGAGGCUGGUCAGUUGCAACAGCAGCUUGAGUCUUUCAAUUCCACCAUGCAGGGCCAAGUGGCAUGGAAUGAUAUCCAGCCGGCGUUGUAUCAGGCACAUGGUGAGCUGGUAUCCGCUGCCACGCAGUUCUGGAGGAGUGUGGAAGCGAUUCAAAACCGAGAGCUGGCUACCUAUUUGCCAGGUUCUGGAGUGGUGCAUGGGAUGUGGCCUGGUCAAGGACGCGCAUCAGAGCCUCUGAUUUCUACUUCAUUACCCGAACUUUCCGCAAUGGGCGAAUAUUCCAUUCUGCCCCACCAAGCGCCAACUACAAGCUAA